AUGCGCGCCGGGAGCGCGCGGACGCAGGUGUCGAUGGCGGCAGACGCGGCGUCUGUUGAGGUGGCGCAGCCACCGAUUCCGCGCGACUCGCCACUCGCGCCGUUUGCCAACGAGGUGUAUGAGGAAGAGGACCACUCUCUGGCCGGAGCGGUGCCAUCGACGGCAGUCAUUGAGGCGCUUGUGGCUGAGCACGGCUCGCCACUGUUCAUCAUGUCGACCGACGCGGCGUGGGGCCAGUACCAGGCGCUGCAGGCCGCACUUCCGCGGGCAAAGCUCCACUACGCAGUCAAGUCGCUGCCGCAAAUUGAUCUCUGUCGAGCACUGGCAGAGCGCGGGGCCAUGUUCGACCUCGCGACGACCGGUGAGGUGGAGAUGAUGAAGGAGCUUGGGGUCGACCCGAGCCGGACCAUCCACACGCACCCAAUCAAGCGGAAGAAGGACGUGGAAGCUGCGCUCGAGUACGGGUGCACCACCUUUGUGGUGGACAACUUCAACGAGAUCGAAAAGAUGGCGGCGUUCAAGGACGACGCCGAGGUCAUGCUCCGGCUCUCGUUCCGAUCGAUGGAGGCGACGAUCGACCUGUCGUACAAGUUUGGCGCCCAGCCGCACGAGGCGAUGGGCAUGCUGCGGGCGCUGCGUGAGUCGGGUGUGCCCACACGCGGCCUCUGCUUCCACACCGGCUCCAACGCGGCGCUGCCGACCAAGUCGGUCGAGGCCAUCCGGGUCUGUCGCCAGCUCUUCGACAUGGCCGCCGCCGAGGGCAUCGCCCUCCGCACCCUCGACAUCGGCGGCGGAUUCCCCGUCCCGGACGUCGGUGCUGUCCUGCCCAUCGACACGUACUGCGAACCCGUGGUCGAAGCGCUCGACGAGCUCUUUCCCAACACCGAGAUCCUGGCCGAGCCCGGCCGGUUUGUCGCGGCGCCAGCCAUGACUCUGGUCACGUCGGUCAUGGGCAAGUCGACACGCUCCGGCAUGCACUGGUACUAUCUCGAUGACGGUCUCUACGGCUCGUUCUCGUCGCAGGUCUUUGAUCACCGGACGGACACCAUCAUUCCGCUCAAGGCUCUCCGCGCUGCAGAGCGCGGAGAGACCACGCUCCAGUCGUACCUCGUCGGCUCCGGCGCCGGCAUCGACGCUCGUCACGCCAUUGAGUCGUUCCCCUCGGUCCUCGCUGGCCCGACCUGCGACUCGUUUGACACGAUCCGCGAGGGCGUCCUCCUCCCUGACCUCAACGUCGGCGAUCUGCUUGUCUCGCCCAUGAUGGGCGCGUACACCCUUGCCUCGGCCUCGGACUUUAACUUUUUUUACAAGACCAAGGUUGUCCAGUGGUCGCCGUGAUGAGCACUAGCUUCGCCAG